UUCCAUGGAUUGAUAUUUUCUUCCAUGCGAUUCGUUAUCACUAUUCACUUUACAGAAUACAGUGGUUUGUUGACAAUCGGUGUCACACUCUUUUUCGUGGUCCCUCUAUUCUUUCCCUAUCGUCGGCAAAUAAAGAGGACCAACCAUGGGCCAAAGUGUAGUUUUUAGGAGACGUCUUUCUUACAACACCAAAAGCAAUCGGCGGCGUAUGGUACGUACCCCCGGCGGUCGUUUAGUCUACCAAUACCUCAAGAAACCGAAGCGCGUACCCAAGUGUGGUAACUGCAAAGUCAAGUUGCAUGGUAUCAAACCGGCCAGAGCUAUUGAAAAGAGCCGUAUGUGCAAGCGUAAGAAGACUGUGAAACGCGCUUAUGGUGGAGUGUUAUGUCACAGAUGUGUCCGUGAAAAGAUUCUGAGGGCAUUUUUAGUCGAAGAACAGAAAAUUGUCGUCAAAGUUUUACGCUCCCAGAAGAGUUCAGCCAAAAAUAAGUUGAAGUCUGCUAAAUGAAUAAAUUUGACUAUUGAUAAAAAAUAUAUGUUAAUUUUAUAACA